GCAAUAAUGCUUUCUGGACCUAAUGACAGUGAAUUGUAUGCUAGUCUAGGCAAAUUUAGUAGCUUCAGACACAUUUAAGUUUUUAUUAGUUCGAGAUAUUCAGAAUUACUGCAUUAACUGCAUUAACAUUACUGCAACAACUCUGUUGUGAAGCAAUCGAAGGUCAUUUUAAUUCCGGUUGCAGGUCCUGCAGGUGUCGGACUCCAAAAUGAGCGCAAGGAAUAUUGCUCGUUUCUGGGAAUGGGGAAGGAAGAUCAUCUGUGUUGGAAGAAACUACGCAGACCAUGCCAUCGAGCUCAAAAACGUCAUUCCCACCAAACCUGUUCUCUUCCUGAAACCCCCUUCUGCUUACAUCAGGGAAGGGUCUCCCAUUCUGGUUCCCUUUUACUCCAGCAAUCUCCACCAUGAAGUUGAGCUUGGCGUGGUCAUUGGUAAAGGAGGAACUGCUAUUCCCCAAUCUUCAGCCAUGGACCAUGUGGCUGGAUAUGUCUUGUGCUUGGACAUGACAGCUCGGGACAUUCAGGAGGAAUGCAAGUCCAAAGGUCUUCCGUGGACCCUGGCCAAAGCGUUCAACACCUCAUGUCCCAUUAGUGACUUUAUUCCCAAGGAGAAGAUUCCAGACCCAGGGAGCAUCAAUCUGUGGUUGAAGGUGAACAACAUCAUGAGACAGAAUGGGAGCACAUCACAGAUGAUCUUCUCCAUUCCAUACCUCAUAAACUACAUCAGUGAGAUUAUAUCGUUGGAAGAAGGUGAUCUUAUUCUCACCGGGACCCCCAAAGGAGUGUCAAGUGUCCAGGAGCAUGAUGAACUUCAGAUUGGGAUUGAUGACAUCAUCACCAUGACUUUCAAAGUUGAUAGACAAAGUUGAUUUUACCCAGAAUUUACAUUCUUGUGUCUGCACAUGCUGGAAAGCACAGCCAUUGCAAAUACUGAUCUCAGGUUUAUUAGCUCAGAAUGCAAAUAUAAUGUAUGACAAGGAAUAACAAAGUUUGUACGACGAUUUUAGAAUCUCCGGAAUGGGUGCCAGUGUAUCUAAUGUCUAAAUAAAAGAGUUUAAUGUGGAAAGAGAAUAACUUUUGAGUGUUUUAUAUAUAUAUAUAAAACACUCAAUUUAAUAAUCUUUUGUAAUGUUAGUUAACAAAAAUACAAUUGUUCAUCGUAACAUAGUGCAUUAACAAAUGUUAACAAAUACAACUUUUGGUUUAAAAAAUGUAUUAGUAUAUGUUUAAAUUAACAUGAUUUAAACUUAAUUAAUGCAGUAAAAGUUGUUCAUUGUUAGUUCAUGUUAACUAAUGUUGUUACUGUUAACAAACGAAACCUUAUUGUAAUGUGUUACCGUAACAUUAUAUAUUUUUGCCCACAAGUCUGGCCUAAACGUACCUUAAUCAAAGCAACCCUGUCUCUAUACACAAAAGUUUGUAAUAGAUAAAGUAGAUUAUUGACAAAAGGUACAGCAGUCAUACUGGAAAACAUUGAAAACAGCUCGUUAUAGAUUAUGUUGGAAAAUCUGCAUGUGACUGCACUUUCUCAAAUGUCUUCUAAGAUACAACAUAAGUUUAC